AUGAGGGGCAUCCUCAUUUCCAUCAUCGCUUUUACAGCGGCUGCGUUUGCAGCGCCGCUGAAUGAAGGAGUGUCCAGGCAACGUGUGCUCGAUUCAGAUACACGAGCUUUUGUGCAGUCCGUCCUGGACCACUUUAAUGUUCCUGGCGCCGCCAUGGCGAUUGUCACGCCAGCAGGUAGCGGCAUCGAGUACUUUGGGGUAAAGGACCUUGAAGGCAACCCGAUUACCGAAUCCACCUACUACGCCAUCGCGUCCAACUCAAAGUGGGUCACCGCUCUUGCCAUAGCUACCUUCGAGUCAUGGAAAAAUGUGACUGUGCCAUCAACUGGGCAGCUGUUCAGCUUCGAGACGCGCUUGAAAGAUAUUUUCCUGGACGAUUGGAACAUGCAGGACGCCGCUGCCACGGAGCAAGCGACGGUGGCCGAUCUGCUCACGAUGAGGACCGGUGUCCCGAAACACGACUUUUAUAUCCGCAAGGAUCAAUCUUCACUGGAUGCCAUCAGGGCGCUGGGCCAGCUCAAGCCAUCGCAUCCCUUUCGCGAACGCUACCAAUAUGCAACCAGUCACUAUGGCGCAGCAGCUGCGCUCUUCCCUACGCUUCUCAAUCAGACCUUGGACGACUUCCUCGAACAACAUUUCUGGACUCCUCUAGGCAUCCAGGCGUAUACCAAUGCCACUCAGCUGAGAGCAGACGAUGUGGACAUCGGUGCGGGCUUCAAUACUGUCGCAAGCAACGGCACGCAAUGUGCGCUAGACCUGUCCGCAAACAAGUCAUACGCAUCGUCCUCAGCUUGCCUUGGACGCACGGAGGUAUUUGACUUCUGGACAGAGACUAGUGCAAUUGAGCAAGAUGGCGGAGGAUCGGUCAUCUUCACACCCAAAGAUAUGCUCAAAUGGGCUCACGAGAGCAUCGAUCCCAAGGUCAUUCCAGAGGAGGCCCUGGAUCAGGCAAUACAUCACGAGUCGCAACCCGUGUCUGGGCCAAUCACCUACGGGUUUGGCGUGUCUAAAGCUGAAACUCCAGAUGGCGAGCUCCUAUUCCAUGGUGGCGCAUUGCCCGGACAUAACAGCAACUUUCUGCGCAACAUCGGAAAGGGCAUCGCUAUUUUUACCAUGACAAACGCAGACCCGAUCGGAUUCACUCUUGCGGACUUGUUGAAUGCGGAAAUCUAUACUAGAUUGAUAGGAAAGCCCCCCAAAGAUCUGAUCAAGACGUUCGAGACGAGCUUGGCGGUGGUGAUACCGCCCGGACAACUCCCGCCGCCCAACCCAGUGCCUCCUACUCCUGAUCAGGGCGACAACUUGGUAGGCGCGGUGCUCAGACAUCCUGCGUAUCCAGAGAUCCGCCUUCAGCCGCUCAACCUGACCGGAUGCAAUGGUCUCGAAUCUGCAGGCAUUCCCGCGGACUUCAUUCAGAUCGAUGUGACGACCGUUUCGCCCAUCAACGUGAGCUCCAGCAACAAGGCAUUCUACGCUCAAUGGAAAGGAUCCUUCACUUCGCACAUCGUCUUUACCCACUUUGGCGGACCGCAUUACAAUUACACUAUGCUGCUCACCUUCGAUAAGCAGGGAGAGCAAGACGAGGAUGCGCUCAACACUCGAGAACGUCGAGACCCCGAUGCUUUCUUGAUCCAAGCUCGCCAAAGUGCGGCGAAGGGCGACAAACCUGCGCCGGUAAAGUCGACAUGUCCCAGCAAGUACACUGCCAAAUUCUUCGGACAAGGUCCGGCCGUCUUCACUGCAGAUGGCAUCGGUUUCUUUGGCGCGUUUUGGGCGGGCGACGAUCCUUCCAUUGCGGUUGCGCCGGUCACUGAGAAUGUUCGGCAAGAAGCCAUCGCUUUCUUCGGCCGUUGA